AAAUACUUUUCUUACUUAUCUUCGAAAUUCCAUUGUUUUCCUUAUCCUUGACCUUGGAUAUCGCUGUUUAAUCACAGCAAAGGGAAGUUGUAACCUUGUCGAGAGAGAAAUUGAAUGAAAAAGCCAACACGAGAAGGAAACAUCAUCAAAAAUGCCACCCCUGGAAGGCCACAAGUCCUUGGCCAUAAAGUCAUUAAUGAAUUUUAAAUGAUUGCUUUUGGUCGCUCCCGGCUAUAAAAGCAUGGCAUAUGGAGGCCUGGGCAUUUAGUGUCUUUGGAGAAGUUUGAAAGUGAAAAAGGAAUUAUUUUUUGAAAAACCAAAAAAAAAAAGAAAAAAAAAAACAAUGGCAUUUUGGGCCACCGUCAACAGUGGAAAUCCCUCGACCCCGAAAAUUGUACCAGUCCUAAAUCCCAAUCAGCGCCAAUUCCUGCAGGAUGAAAUAACGUAUCAGAAUAAAAUUAAAUUUUUGGCCGAAAAUGAUGGAGCAAAUCUCACCGAUUUCUAUGUGCGCAAGGAGGAGGUGUUCGACGAUCCGGAGUUGUUGGAUAAACAUGACUCAUUCUAUCACAAUACGAAAAGUUUGCUGGUCCUCUUUCAAAUCAUGGGUGUCAUGCCGUUACAUCGUAACCCUCCGAUUCAGGGUAUACCAAGAACGGGUUAUUCAUGGAUUUCAAAGCAAUUCUUUUGGGCUCUCUUUGUCUACACCGUCCAGACAUGUGUGGUGGUAAUGGUGUUGAGGGAACGGGUGAUCCACUUCAAAGAGGGUCCCGACAAACGUUUCGAUCAGGCGAUCUAUAAUGUCAUAUUUAUUAGUUUGUUGUUUACAAAUUUCCUCCUCCCCGUGGCCAGUUGGAGGCAUGGCCCCCAGGUUGCGAUUUUUAAAAAUAUGUGGACCAAUUAUCAGCUGAAAUUUUUCAAGGUCACAGGAACGCCAAUUGUUUUUCCGAAUCUAUAUCCCCUGACAUGGGGUCUGUGCAUUUUCUCCUGGGUCUUGAGUAUUUUGAUAAAUUUGUCGCAGUAUUUUUUGCAGCCAGAUUUUAAAUUUUGGUAUACCUUUGCCUAUUAUCCGCUGAUUGCCAUGCUCAAUUGUUUUUGUAGUCUGUGGUACAUAAAUUGCACGGCCUUUGGCAUAGCCAGCAAGGCCCUAUCGGAAUCGCUGCGCAAAACGCUGAGGGGUGAAAAACCGGCAGAGAAAUUAAGCGAAUAUAGAUAUCUCUGGGUGGAUCUCAGUCACAUGAUGCAGCAGUUGGGUCGUGCCUACUCCAACAUGUACGGCAUGUAUUGCCUUGUGGUCUUCUUCACCACCAUCAUUGCCACCUAUGGCUCGUUUAGUGAGAUUCUAGACCAUGGAGCCACCUACAAGGAGGUUGGUCUCUUUGUCAUUGUUUUCUAUUGCAUGAGCCUGCUAUAUAUUAUAUGUAAUGAGGCCCAUCAUGCCUCUCAGAAGGUGGGUUUUGAUUUUCAGACACAGCUGCUGAACAUCAAUUUGACGGCCGUGGAUACAGCCACUCAGAGGGAGGUUGAAAUGUUUCUGGUGGCAAUUGCCAAAAAUCCGCCGACCAUGAAUUUGGAUGGCUAUGCGACCAUUAAUCGGGAGCUGAUAACAUCGAAUGUCUCUGUUAUGGCCACAUAUUUAGUGGUCUUGUUGCAGUUUAAAAUCACUGAACAAAGGGGACUGCGUACACAGCAGGCGGCAAUAUCGUAAUUACCAAUUGGAACUGGAAAAUCAUGGCAAAGAAAAAGAUCACAAAAACCAGAAUAAAAUAUACUAUUUUAUUGCUUAGAUUUACUUACUCAAUUUAA